ACCAUCAGUGUAAAACAGUCAUUAUCAUGGAAACGUUUGUGUCCUUAUUUUACAGUAGUAAAAAAUUGUUUUCUUCGACACUUGUAUUAUUUUUAACAGUAGUUUUAAUUUACAACUGGAAGAGAAGAUGGCUUUAUUAUUAUUCUUCGAAAAUACCAGGACCAUUCGCACUACCUUUAUUGGGAAGUUUUCACUUAAUUUCAGAAGGACCUCACGGAGUUCAUAAAUUUUUAAAAAAUCUUUUCACCGAUUACCCUUCUAUUUUGAAAGUGUGGUUGGGGCCGGAGCUGUAUGUAAGCACAACAGAACCGGAAUAUUUAAAAUUGUUGUUGACACGUUUCUUGGACAAAGGCAACUUUUACCAUUUAAUGACCGGUUAUUUCCAAAGAGCAUUAGCAGCGGCUCCUGUUAAACUGUGGAAAAAAAAUCGAAAAAAUAUUAAUCCUACGUUUAAUAUUACGCUUAUCAACAGUUUCGUUGACAUUUUCUCUAAACACGCUAAAGUGUUUACAGAAAAAUUUAAAGACGGUUGUGGAAAAGAAACUGAUGAUAUUUACCCAUCUGUUUGGGAAUGUACGCUUGACGCCGGCUGUGAAACAUUAGCGGAUGUAAGUCCGUCUAUAAUCAAGACGCAACAAUAUUUAUCAGGAGUUUUCAGAAUUGAAGAAAUACUCAUGAAACGUUUUUUCCAUCCACUUCUACAUUUUGAUAUUUUCUGGAACUUGUCUCCCUUAAAGAAAGAAUUAAACAAACUUUGGAAACAAAACUGCUCUUGCAUGCAAAAGAUGAUUGAUUUAAUGGAAGUGCCUAAAACUACCCAAGAUAACGAUGAUGGAGACGUAUCAACAAAGAAACGUUUCUUGACUCAUUUGAUAGACUUAAAUCACAAAAAAGGAAUACCGCACGACUACGUGCUUGAAGAAAGCCAGAUUAUGUUCUUCGUUGGAACAGAAACAUCCGCCGUUGUUCUCAGUUCUACUUUAUUAGUACUCGGAAUGUAUCCAGACGUGCAGAAAAAAAUCGAGGAAGAACUGAUUUCCAUAUUUGGUGAUAGUGACAGAGAUCCUUCUUUAGAAGACGUGAAUCAAAUGCAGUAUUUGGAAAGAGUCAUCAAAGAAACGAUGAGAUUACUCCCACCCAUACCUUUCGUUAUGAGAUCUGUAGAUGAAAAUGUUCACUUAGGUCCAUACGUUUUUCCCAAAGAUGCUAGAGUUAUCAUUCCUAUCGCUAUGGUACACCGACGACCAGAAUUUUGGCCUGAUCCGGAAAAAUUUGAUCCUGAUAGGUUUUUGCCAGAAGAGGCCGAAAAACGGCCGGCUUGCUCGUAUAUUCCAUUUAGUUAUGGUGUUAGAAAUUGUAUAGGUUAUAGAUAUGCGUUUCUAUCAAUGAAAAUAAUACUGUCUACGUUUUUGAGGUCCUACAGGGUAAAGUCAUCGAAUUACAAAGCCAUAGAAGAUAUAGAUCUAUUCAUACACGUUGUAGGAAAAGCUAAGAAUGGUUAUAAAAUAACAGUAGAAAAAAAGUAGUUACAACAUACGGGAUUUAAAUGAUUUUAUUUAAGUGUUUUACAGAUAUCAAGCUAUAACACGUUAAUAUUUUCCAUUAGAGUGGGCUUUAUAAACGUCGUAUUUUAACUUGUGUGUCCAGUCAGUUUGUUUUUUCAGUUGUAAGAAUUUGUUUCCUGUGAUAGCAUCUCGAGGAAAUUUUCACUGAUAAGGCGUGUCAGCAAACUCUAAGAGACUUAAAAGACUUUGAGCAAAGAAUUAGGGUAGAUUGUGAUGGGAUUAACCCAGAAAUUUUACAACUAGUAACAAGUAGGGGUCUACUUCAUCGAGCAGAAUGUUGUUUAGAGGCAGAAAGUCGUCAAUUUCAACAUUUAAUUUAAAGUUAUUGUUUUUGUAUCGUUUUAUUUUGCUUUAAACUUUGAUUUUAUUAAAAUAUUUAGUUGCUUUUAA